GGAGGCACCGCGCCCUGCUCCCUGCGAUCGAUCGCUGGCGCCAUGGACCGAGGCCGCGUGCUGGAGCAGCUGCUCCCCGAGCUCACAGGGCUGCUCAGCCUCCUGGACCAUGAGUACCUCAGCGACACCACCCUGGAGAAGAAGAUGGCUGUGGCCUCCAUCCUGCAGAGCCUGCAGCCCCUCCCAGCCAAAGAAGUCUCCUACCUGUAUGUGAACACAGCGGACCUCCAUUCCGGACCCAGCUUUGUGGAGUCCCUCUUUGAAGAAUUCGACUGUGACCUGAGCGACCUUCGAGACAUGACAGAGGACGACAGGGAGUCCUGCAAAGAAGCCACCCCUGAGCCAGCCAAGAGCCCACCUCUGAGACACGCAGCCGACUUGCCUCCACCGCUCCCCAAAAGGCCUCCACCUGAGGAAUACUAUGAGGAGGCCCUUCCCCUGGGGCCUGGCAAGUCCCCCGAGUAUAUCAGCUCCCACAACGACUGCAGCCCAGCCCACUCGAUUGUAGACAGCUACUACGAGGAUGCAGACAGCAGCUACCCCACGACCAGGAUGAAUGGGGAGCUGAAGAACUCCUACAAUGACUCUGAUGCCAUGAGCAGCUCCUACGAGUCCUAUGAUGAGGAGGAGGAGGAAGGGAAGGGGCCGCAGCCCACACACCAGUGGCCUUCAGAGGAGGCCUCCAUGCACCUGGUGAGGGACUGCAGGAUAUGUGCCUUCCUGCUGCGGAAAAAGCGCUUCGGGCAGUGGGCCAAGCAGCUAACCGUCAUCAAGGAGGAUCAGCUCCUGUGUUACAAAAGCUCCAAGGACCGGCAGCCACAUCUGAGGCUAGCGCUGGAUGUCUGCAACGUCAUCUACGUGCCCAAGGACAGCCGGCACAAGAGGCACGAGCUGCGCUUCUCUCAGGGGGCUACCGAAGUCCUGGUGCUGGCACUGCAGAGCCGGGAGCAGGCCGAGGAGUGGCUGAAGGUCAUCCGAGAGGUCAGCAAGUCGGUUGGGGGUGCUGAGGGGGCAGAUGUGCCCAGAUCCCCAGUCCUCCUGUGCAAGGUGGACCUGGACAAGAGGCUGUCCCAAGAGAAGCAGACCUCGGAUUCCGACAGCAUGGGCCUGGGCGACAACUGUUCCACCCUUGGCCGCGAACACGGCAAAGGGAAGAAGAGCAGCCUGUCAGAGCUGAAGGGUUCAAUGAGCAGGGCUGCGGGCCGCAAGAUCACCCGUAUCAUCAGCUUCUCUAAGAAGAAGGCACUGGCCGAUGACCCGCAGACAUCCUCUACCGAGGAGGAGGUUCCAUGCUGUGGUUAUCUGAAUGUGCUGGUGAACCAUGGCUGGAAGGAACGCUGGUGCCGCCUAAAGUGCAACACCUUGUAUUUCUAUAAGGACCGCACGGACCUGCGGACCCACGUGAAUGCUAUCGCCCUCCACGGUUGUGAGGUGGCCCCAAGCUUUGGGCCCAGACACCCAUUUGCCUUCAGGAUCCUGCGCAACCGGCAGGAGGUCGCCAUCUUGGAGGCAAGCUGCUCCGAGGACAUGGGCCGCUGGCUCGGGCUGCUGCUGGUGGAGAUGGGCUCCAAAGUCACUCCCGAAGCGCUGCAUUAUGACUACGUGGACGUGGAGACCUUAACCAGCAUCGUCAGUGCAGGGCGCAACUCCUUCCUAUAUGCAAGAUCCUGCCAGGAUCAGUGGCCUGAGCCCCGAGUCUAUGAUGAUGUUCCUUAUGAAAAGAUGCAGGACGAGGAGCCUGAGCGUCCCUCUGGAGCCCAGAUCAAGCGCCAUGCCUCCACCUGCAGUGAGAAGUCCCACCGGGCAGACCCACAGGUCAAAGUCAAGCGCCAUGCCUCCAGUGCCCAUCAAUAUAAGUACGGUAAGAACCGAGCUGAGGAGGAUGCCAGGAGGUACCUGGUAGAAAAAGAAAAGCUGGAGAAAGAGAAAGAGACAAUCCGUACAGAGCUGAUGACACUGCGGCAGGAAAAGAGAGAACUAAAGGAAGCCAUUCGGAACAGCCCAGGGGCAAAGUUAAAAGCUCUGGAAGAGGCCUUGGCCACCCUGGAAGCUCAGUGUCGGGAGAAGGAAGAGGGCCGUAUCGACCUGGAGCUGCGGCUGGUGGCUGUGAAGGAGCGCUUGCAGCAGUCCCUGGCAGGGGGCCCAGCCCUGGGACUCUGCGUGAACAGCAAGAACAAGAGCAGGGAAACUGCAAAUAAACCCCAGAACAAUGCCCCAGAGCAACCUCUCCCUGUCAAUUGUGUUUCUGAGCUGCGGAAGAGGAGCCCAUCCAUCGUAACCUCCAACCAAGGAAGAGUGCUACAAAAAGCCAAGGAAUGGGAAAUGAAGAAGACCUAGAAAGAGGAUGAGGAUUUCAUCCAAAGGAGAUAACACCUUGUCCAUCCAAGGCAGAAAUGCUUUUUUCACAAGGAGACAUCAGAAGACUGGAAGUAGCCCACACUCUCUGGGGCACCCAAAGACCAGCCUUUAUUGUCUGCAUGAUUAUAGGGGACAUGGGGAGGGAAGGAGGAGGAGAGAAGAGGGAAAUGGAGGGCAUCCUUAUAACUUUACAGAGGGUGGAAAUGGGGGUGGAGGGAGACAGAAAUCUGCACAGUCGUAAAGGUUUUGUUAAAUGUCUUUGCCUUCCCUUCUAAAGGAGAAAUGAAAGUACA